AUGGGCCUGGUUGAGUAUUCGGACUCUGAAUCCGACAGCGAGUCCCCACGGACCUCGGCGCACCCAACCACCACCGCCGCCGCAUCGCAGCCUGCCAAGAAACAGAGCUUCCAGAAGCUCGUCGACAAGUCCAACCCCGGCAAAAUCCUCGUCAGCCUCCCGUCCGUGUCCACUACGUCAGACGACGCGGCGACCAGCGAAACGCCAGCGGCAAAGCGGCUCAAGACCAGCGGCGGCAGGUUUGGCGGCUUCAGCUCCUUCCUGCCACCGCCCAAGGCCACAGCUUCCAACCCCCGAGGUGGCAGCAUCGGAAAGGCCACCCCAAGGGUCGGUGUGAACUUGAGGACAAGCUCCGAGGCUGCCUUCAGCAGGGAUGCAGGUGACGACAGCGGCGAUGGAGUCUCGAGGACGGACGGGUCGGGCUCCAUCUCAAACUCGCCAUCAGCCACCGCCACCGCGCCGGCGCAGCCAUCUAUACCGCCUGGGCAGAAGUCGGAGGGCGAGGUCAAGCUUGUUGGGAAACCUUUGAUGUUCAAGCCACUGUCUGUUGCUAGGAAGCCUGGCAAGAAGCCCGGUGGGGUCAAGGCGGCGGCGGCUUCAACUACGGCGUCGCGCGGCGGCGCGCUGAAGCGGCCUUCGGACACAGGAAGCCCUGGACCACCGUCAAAAGAAGAAACAACGGCGGUCCCGCAAGCCAAGAAGAAUAAGAAGAAGAUAUCGCUGUUUUCCGUAGUAGAUGAUGCACGCGGUGUGGAACCGAUUCCGGAAGAUAGCACCUCCUACGAAGCCGAGCCGCGGGGUCAUGAUCAAAGCACGUUCGACGAAGGAAACGCACUAGAUGAUGGCGCCAGCCAGCAGCAGUAUGCGGGCUACUCACAGCCACCGGCGCGGGAAGCUGGCUACCCAGAUCCCACCUCACUCGACUCCAUAGCGGACGACCUGAAUCUCGGCCCAGCAGCACGGCGGGAACUCUUCGGCCGCGGCGGCGCGCCGAGCAAAACAACAGCAAAGUCCGUCAUCAACUUCAACCUGGACCAGGAGUACCGGCACAACGAGGAGCUGCGGCAGUCCGGCGCACUGGACCAACAGCAACACAACCCGCUGCGCGCCAUCAAACCAGGCAAGCACAGCCUGCAGCAGCUGGUAAACCAGGUGCAGAGCCAACGGGAUGCGCUAGAGGAGAACUUUGCCAAGAACCGGGCGACACAGAAGCAGUCUGGGGCCAAAUAUGGAUUCUAG